AUGUUUGCAAGUAGUGGAGGUGUUCAGGAUAACUUCCUUCCUCACCAAAACAAAAAUGUAAAUCCUCCAUCUUCCUCUUCUUUGCAACCUUUGUAUCGCCGACUUUUCCAUUUUACAACUACCCCAAGCCAUCUUGCCAAACCUUUCCCCUCGGCCUCUCCCAACGGUCCCGCCAUCUAUACCAGUCAAGACUGUUUGCGAGAUCGACGACUUAAACUAAAUCAUACAAAAAAUAAAGAUUUACUCUUACAACAGCAGAUACUGACUCUAAAACCAACAAAAAGUCCAUUCAAUGACUCUGUUAGUCCCAUUACUCGGCCCCAACAAGCACAUAUGCGACCUGAUACAAGUCCUGUCCGUGAGGAAACCUUACACCUAAGCGAGGAAGAAAAAGAAUACAAGCAAAGUACUUCUGCUUCUGCCGAUGCUGAAAAUGAAAAGACAUUUGUCUCUGAGGAAGAAGAAGAAGAAGAAGAAGAAGAAAAAAUAAAGGGAAAUAACCAAAUUGAAUCACAACAAAAACUGGUUAUGCCAGCAUCACCAGCUAAAGCAGUAGUUCUGGAUUCUCCAAGAAGCCCCUUAACAUUAUCUGAUAGUACCGGCUCUCUAAGUGGAAUCUUGAUAGCUAAUUCUCUCGAGACUUCUCCUGUGAGUAGUACCAGUAGCUCGGUGAGCAACGCUUUAGUGAACACUACAACAAGUCACAUUUCAGGAGGUAAUAAUAAUGACAAUUCUCUUAGUAGCAUUGAUCGAGGGUCUCCGAAACAGCGCAAGAAGCGAGACACUGAUAUUUCAACAGUUUCAUCCUCUUUACCUACAACAAAUUUUUUCAAGAGAUUGUCAAUGCCACAAAUGAGUCCAUUUUCUAUUGGGUUUGAAAUGGAUAAAGAGGAAGAAGGAAAGAGAAAAACAAGCGAUGCGACAAAAUCAGAACUCGAAACUAGUCUACUACUACCAAAACUAGGUUGGACCGCAAGUAGAGAAAAAGAAAGAAAAAAAAAAAAAGGAGAAGGUGCAACAGUUGUAGAAGAAACAACUGCGGCUCCAUUAAAGUUACGGGAAGAAACCUCUGCGCAGAUCUUUGCGCCAGAACCUGUUUCAGAUUCAGUACCAGAGUCAGUUCGAGGGUCGGUUCCAGAGUCGGUUCCAGAAUCUGUUCCAGAGUUUGUUGAUGAGCAUAAUAAUAAUAAUAAUGAGGACCUUGUUGAAGAAUCCAAGAAUGCUAAGAUUCUUUGGAAUGAAGAAAUUCCUCAACAGUCCACCACCCAGCAAACCACGCUAGCAAAACUGGCUGUGGAGACACUGCCAAAGAUAGUUAGCGCUCAGAGCCCGGAGUCACUACUAGUUCCGUUGAAUGUGUCCCAGCAACAAGACCAGCAGCAACAAGAAUGUCAACAUAAACAACAUCAACAACAAAAACAACAACAACAACAAAAGACAGAAUCUUUUUUAAUUUUACAGAAACCUGCGCCAACCGUCAAGUCUCAAGUUAAUCAAACACCAUCUGUGACGGAUUGUCCAUCCGCCUCAUCUGUGCAGACAAAAAUCUCAACAACACCUGCAACAGCUACUUUGACAAAUAUUUCACCUACAAUUAACAACUCUACCAUCAUCAACAAUACCACACCUUCAAAAGCAAUGUCAUCUGAACCAAAGAAAAAACCUCGACGUAAUUUGGGAUUACUGUCGCGUCUAUUAUCAUCAUCUUCAUCAAACAGCCACAACAAUGGAGGCAACUCGCGAUCUGUGCAUAAAACAUCUUCUUUAUCAUCACUCAAGUCUGCAAUGUCCAUUCCACUGACAGUCACGAAAUCUUCACCUCUCAAUUUUUUUUCAAAUAAAAAACAACAAAACACUGGUGCCACAACUCCACCAUCACCUACACCAAGCUCUCUGAGUGCAGAAAGUAGUAUCAGUGGUGGGAGUUCCAAGAGCUUAGGAAGUGCGCGUAGUUCUCGCAGUGGGAACAGCAGCAGUAGUCUAAGCACGCUUUUCAGUGCGUCGUCAUCUGGAAGCACAGGAGCGUCAUCUCUUGGAUCAGGGGGAAGUGGUGGUCUUCGUCGAGCUAGUAGCUUGAGCAAACGGAAACAAGCCAAUGGAGCAUUGGGACUGAGAGCAGGCGGCAAAGAUUCCGAUGGUGGAGGUUCUCCUAAAAUGGUAACAAUGGGGACUAUGUAUGCGGACCGGAUGGAUGCGUUGCGGCGAGAACGGGAAAGACAACAGCAAGUGAACCGGCAGAUUGCGAUGCAAAGCCGGGCACGGAUGGUAAUUCAGCAGCGGCAACAAAAUUUCCAGCAGCAGCAGCAGUAUAGUUGUUCCCAACAAUAUCCUCAGCAAAUGUUUCGAAGCCCAUCAAUGUUACAGUUAGAAGCUGGGCGGCAGUCGAUGUAUGGUAGUAGCUAUUACCGAGGUAAUUCAGGAGUUCCUAAACUGCGCAACUUGACUGGAUGUGGAAGUAGUGGUAGUGGCAGUGGUAGUAGUAGUUGUGGUAGCAGCAUACGAGAUGGGGGUCGUGGUGAAAAAUUGGCUGGGGGGAAUGGAGCGAGUGUUGGGACACGGAUGUCUUCAUUGUCGAUGUUUGAGUUUGAUUCCAUUAAAGAGGAAGAUGAGAUUGAUGAGCUGCGUAAGAGUUGGAAAGGAGGACUUAAUAAUGUUUGUGGAUCAGCAGGUUUGUGUGCUGGUGGUGAAGAAGAAGAUGGAGAUGAAUAUAAUGGAGCUUUGGAUUACUAUGUUUUAGGGUCUAUGGGUGCUGGUAAUGGUAAUGGUAAUAAAAAGCCAGCCGCGCCAGAUGUAUCAGCCGCAUAUAAAUUACAGCUUCAUAUGACGGGUGGUAACAAAUCGAGUGAUUCUUUAAGCAGUGAUGAUGAUGAUGAUGAUGACUUUGAUGAUUCGGUAUUUGUGGAUGCUUUAACUGGGAUUCCCGGAGAAUGUUGA